UUUUUUUAAAAUUUCCGUAAAAAAAUCGUGUCCGCUCCGUGUCGGUUCUAGACGUUACUUCUGCUUUUUUCGGAAGUUACCGGGAUUUAUCGAUACUUGAAAAAAUGGGUGACAGAAUAGCGUUGUCGUCUACUGUAAAGAUAAAAUACAAACACACAUCUAAAGUUGUGCCCAUAAUAGUCAACAGACUCUACAGUUUCUCCAAACACUGUACAUGGAAUGAGGUUUUGAAUGAUUUGACAGCGGACGGCGACCAUAACAUAGACAAGUUGGACGAAGUAACUGUCACCGUGUCGGACAAACUUGCCAACGGUGUAACUUUUGAGCCAGAUUUUGAAGAACAGAUACAAGUGGUUCACAACUUUGAUAAAAAAUUGAAAUAUGUACAAUUUGACGUGAUAAGAGACUUAGAACCAAAUAACAAUGUACCAAAAGGUCAAAAUCCUCCUACAUGUCCUACAGCUUUCGAUGUUUUGAUGAGAAAGUCCAGCACACUGACAAAGCUCCCUCAAAAGAUUGAUGAAGCCUCUCCCAGAUUUACAGGGUCGCAGCUAUACAUUUGUGAGGGGGUGGACAGGGGUGUCUCCAAUUCCCUCGAGAUUUAAGAGCCUUGAAGCACACAACAGAUAAAUAUGACUACACUUGCGGGGCAAUUUUAGCACCAGAAGGUUUGUAUAUUUAUUGACAAUAUUGUGAUUAAAUGACACUAAAUAAGACUGGCAUUUCUGACAGAACCAAAGCACAAGUAUGUUCAUUUGUUUAUCAUCAUGAUGAUCAAUAUCAUAAACAAUGGAUACAUGAACUAAGAUGAAUAUUCACUGUUCAAAUCUUUUUAAUCAAAUGACAAAAUGUCAGAAGAACAGAAAUUGGAUUUGUGUGUUUGUCCACAUUCAAUCUGUAUCCUUGCAUUGUUCAAAAAUUUAAAUGCUUUUUGUAGGCCUUAUAUACAUGUGCAGGAUAAAACAUGUAUGCAUCUACCAUGCAUAUUCCCCUUUUUCACUCUCCAAAAGGACAUUCAGUAUUAAAUGCACAAUCUGUGGAAAUUAUGUUUUUGGCAGCCUUUAUAUUUACAGUCAUUGAAUGAUAACAUCUUUAUAAUAUUUGUAUCAUUGAAGUAAUGGAAGUAGGGAUGAAUCUUUGAAUUUAACCUUGGGUAAUCUGAAAAAGAAAAUAAAGAGCACAAAAACAUUAAA